GUUCUAAUUUUUUAAUAUCAGAGAAGAGAGAAAAUGUUGGGAAUAUUUAGUGUAGCUAUAGUAUCGUUGCCGGAAGAGCUGGUGGCCGCCGGCAGCCGAACUCCGUCGCCGAAGACAACAGGAGCGGCUCUAGUCAACAAGUUCGUCGAGAAAAACACAUCCUCCGUGUCCGUACAAGUCGGAGACUAUGUGCAGCUUGCGUACAGCCACCACAAAGAGAGUCCUCUGCGUCCGAGAAAUACAAAUGACAAAAAUCGAGAAACUUCAGUUUCCGGCCUUGGAAGUAACUGGGGCGAACUACACGGCAUGGAUUACAAACAUGGAGCUUCAUCAAGAUUCUGAUAAAAUACUCGAAACAAUAAAGGAAAGCAAUAUAUCAACCUCUCAUGAAAAGGCUAGGGCUGUGAUAUUUCUGAGAAGACAUCUAGAUGAAAAUCUUACGCAUGAUUAUGCGAGAAUCAAAGAUCCCUUAGAUCUUUGGAAAGCUCUGAAAGAGAGGUUUGAUAACCAAAAGAAAAUUACUCUCCCCCAUGCACUCGAUGAGUGGAAAAAUCUACGAUUUCAAGAUUUUGAAAAGGUGGAAACGUACAAUUCCGCUAUAUUGAGGAUAGCAGCGCAAUUAGAUUAUUGCGGUAAGCCUGUGUCGGAAGCAGAAAUGCUCGAGAAAACUUACCAAACGUUCCAUAAAAAUCAUUAUGUUCUACAAGAACAAUAUAGAAAUUGUGUGUAUAUGAGGUUCUCUGAACUCGCUGUGACGCUUAUAAUAGCGGAGAGAAAUAAUGAACUCCUCAGGGGGCGAGUUACAACGAACGAAAACGUUCGUAUAUAUAGAAAACAACGUCAGGCAUUGUGGUUUUUAACGAGGAGUUCAAUAUUUCUCUCCGCUAUUAUCAGCGCCACAGCGAGUUUAGAGAACCUCGUAUACCCACAAUUACUAUAUUGUUCUUGUAGAACAUAAUGAUUUUUGUGGAACGUUUGGUAAGUUUUCUCGAGCAUUUCUGCUUCCGACACAGGCUUACCGCAAUAAUCUAAUUGCGCCGCUAUCCUCAAUAUAGCGGAAUUGUACGUUUCCACCUUUUCAAAAUCUUGAAAUCGUAGAUUUUUCCACUCAUCGAGUGCAUGGGGGAGAGUAAUUUUCUUUUGGUUAUCAAACCUCUCCUUCAGAGCUUUCCAAAGAUCUAAGGGAUCUUUGGUUCUCGCAUAAUCAUGCGUAAGAUUUUCAUCUAGAUGCCUUCUCAGAAAUAUCACGGCCCUAGCCUUUUCAUGAGAGGUUGAUAUAUUGUCUUCUUUUAUUGUUUCGAGUAUUUUCUCAGAAUCUAGAUGAAGCUCCAUGUUUGUAACCUAUGCUGUGUAGUUCGCCUCAGUUACUUCCAAGGCCGGAAACUGAAGUCUCUCGAUUUUUGCCAUUUGUAUUUCUAAAGCACAUAAAUAAAAAUUAUUAGAAUAUUAUUAAUAUUAAAAGAAACCGUUUACAUUAAUCAUGCAAGCAAUUACAAGGAGAGACAAUGUAAAGAAAAAUAAACCGAUAUUCAUUUUAAAUUCACCCGGAGUAAAUUCUCCAACGAAUAAACCAUAAAUAGAAACAAAAAUAAAAAUUGCACAUAAAAUCAAAAAUCCGCGAAUCAUCUUUCUUGAAAUGAAAAAAAUCGGAGGAGAGCGAUUUGAAAAUAUUUGAGAGAAGAUGAAAUGUUUUGGAUGAGAAAAUGAAGUGAAAAUAAAUUGUAUUUAUAGAUGAAAAUCACUGUUCAUGACCGUUGGAAAAAAAGAAAAAUUUUGAAAUUUUUUCUUUGUGACCGUUGGGGUUAAAUCGGGUGUACCAAAAAUCAAUCCGAAAAUAUCGUAUUAAACAGUUAAUCAAAUCUAUAAAAUUUCUUAAAAAUUAAUAAAUGUAGAAAUUGUGGCAAUGGAAUAUUUAUGUUAUGACAACAAAUCAUGCGACGGCUCAGCCAAUCAAUGCAGAGUAAUAAAUAAAUUAUACGGCGGCUCGGCCGACCAAUUAACAAUAAAUAGAGUAUAAAGCGGCUCGGCCGACAAAUAAAUUAAUUAAAUUGCUAAUAAAUAAUAUAGGCGGUAUUCUAGUCAUUAUAACAUGAUAUAAAUAAUAGUAGAGGCGGAAUACCGACCAUUAUAGCAAGGUAUAAAUGAUACAAAUAAAUUUUACCAAAUUGGAGAACGAUCGUGCUGAUAACGUGUUAUAAAAUAACUUAUAAUUUUAUAGUAUUGAGAAAUUUAAAUAAGGGCAAAAUUUUAUACCCGCAGAGAUGGGAUAACACUGAUAUAUGAUAAAUAACGAAAGAGAGAGAUUACUAUAGAGAGGGAGAAGAGAGAUGUAAGGGGCGAGUUAUAACGAACGAAAACGUUCGUAUAUAUAGAAAAGAAAUUCACUGUGCAAAUAGUGCAGCGAGCCCUACAUCUUUUUUAUUUUCAACACUUUCGGCGCUUCUCUUUCUGACUUUCAUAACACUCUCCUUUGGGGACCGGUGUCACUAUCCACUCUCGCUUAACGUCUUUGUUGCCUCGUUAAAAACCUUUCUCGUAAAUCCCAAUGG